AUGGUUAUCAAAGAGGACUGUAUCAAUAAUCUUGCCAGGUGGCAGGCAGACGAGGAUGCUCAGAGCUGUUUUCAAUGCAAGACGAACUUUUCGUUCCUGAUAAGAAGACACCAUUGUAGGUGUUGUGGAAGAAUAUUUUGUUCUUCUUGUACCGAAAAUUUUGUAAACUACAAUAAAAAGAGGGUCCAUCCCUUGCAGAAAAAAAAUAGCGAUGUGGAAUCACCCCCAUAUAGAACUUGUAAUGAGUGCUAUGACAACCUUCUGCAUUUAAAUCUAUUAGUACCCUCUGCCAACAGAGAUGUGCGACUAUCUCCAAUCUUGGCGCCACCAAGUGCGCUUUCACCUGCCGCACUGGAUGGCAACACUGAUGAAGAUGCGGAAAUCCUGGAGGACUCGGUAGAUCAAAGUGGCACGGCAUGCAGAAGCGAAGAAAGAUCACAAAACGAGGAAGAUCGGUUCUGCCCUAUCUGUAAUUCAGACCUCACACAGUUUUCUAACGAAGAGGAGGCCAGAGAACACGUAGAGGAUUGCUUACAGAGGGCUGAAAAUGCCCAGCAACAUACAAGUACAUCAGAUGCUGCACACGACUCCGUAAAAGAAAGCCCUGCGUUUCAAAAUAGAAUGUUAGUAUAUAAGAUACCGCUCAGUACAGCAGAUGAUGAAAACCUUGUUGCAAUUAAGGAGUGCCCAAUUUGCUUUGAAAAUAUGGAACCUGGUGAGAAAGUUGGGAGACUAGAAUGCUUGUGUGUUUUCCAUUAUAAAUGUAUUAAGAAUUGGUUUCACAAAAAGGCGCAAAUGACUGCAGCUCAGAAGGGAAAUGGGCAUGCCUUUGUUAAGCGGAACUUUUGUCCCUUCCAUGAUGCUGUAUUUUAA